AACAGAAGCUAGCUUUACGGUAAGCGUCUAGAGCAGCAGAAAACAGCGGCAACGCAGCUACGGUAAUGUUGUCAGUUCUCGUUAACCGUGGAAGUGAAACAAACGAAAAGACGAGGGAAGAUUUCGGUUUAUUGUCACCGACAUUUUAACGCCGAGUAAGAAAAAAAAAAACACAGAGGGAGGACCUGUGUGAGUUCGAUUCCCGGGCUGCCGCUGACAGAGCUGGGCUCCGACACGACAGGGCGGGGUGAUGUUCAGGUUCCGGUAUAAAGAAGGCAGCACGAAAAUGGGAACCAGACGAGACGAGGAGCCGGCUGACGACGCUGAGCUUUCAUACCCGGUGCUAGAAUGAGAAGUUGGCUGUCUCGGUGUGACAGGGCGGCGGUAACCGUCUGAGGAGGGCCCUGGCCGGAGUGAAGCGUGUCUCUGCGGCGCCCCCCCCCUGUCCGUCAAUACGAUGAGGACGCUUUUUACAUUCUGUUGUCUUUUUCUGGUUCCUGGAGCGAACCGGGCGUGGGCCACCGGGAACCUGACUGUGGACAGUAGCACCAACAACAGCAGCAGCAGCAGGUACAUCAGGAUCGGGGACGGAUCAUCUCAGGAAUUUGAGUUUCCUGAAAACACGGACGGCGUGAUUGUGAUCUCCAGCCAGUACCGGAGCUCCGCGGGCGGCAGGAAGGGUCGGCAGAGCUGGAAGGAGACCAUACGGGUGCGAUCCGAGGACCCGGAGGUCCUCUCCAUCCUCAACGUGACGGACAGCGGCCACGCAGGACCCGCCACGAGCUUCAUCAUCAGCAUCCGCUCCGGGUUCCCAGGCAGGGCUCACCUGCAGAUCCAGCUGCUGGACCUGGACCAGGACUCUGUGCCUGUUUUGAUCGAGGAGAGGACGGAUUACACCAUCAUAGUGGCGCCUGGUGAAGAUGACCCAGCCACCCGGCUCAUCCGGUCGGGGGGCCUGUCUCAUUUCACUGAGAACCCAGUCCUGUUUGCCUUGCUGCCCCUCAUUUUUGUCAACAAGUGUGCCUUUGGGUGCAAAGUGGAGGUGGAGGUGCUGCGGGGGCUGCUGAAGAGCCCCACACCACUGAUUCUGGGCGUGGUGGGUCAGUUCCUGGUGAUGCCGUUGUAUGCCUACUGUGUGUCCUUGAUGGUCUCACUGCCCAAAGCACUCUCUCUGGGCCUGGUCAUCACCUGCUCUGCCCCGGGGGGUGGAGGCGGUUACCUGUACAGCCUGCUGCUCGGAGGAGACGUUACCCUGGCCAUCUCCAUGACGCUGGUCUCCACAGUGGUGGCCACGGCAGCCAUGCCUCUGUCCUCAGCUCUGUACGGUUGGCUGCUGGGGGUGCACGCUGCCCUGCACGUACCGUUUGUGAAGAUCCUGGGGACCCUCCUGUUCAUCGCCAUCCCCAUCUCGCUGGGGAUGCUGAUCAAGCUUCGCCUGCCCGCCCUCACCCGCGUCCUGCUGGUGCUCAUACGGCCCUUCAGCUUCAUACUCAUGGUGGGGGGCAUCUUCAUGGCCUACCAAAUGGGCGCGUCCAUCCUGGCCAACGUCAAGCCCCAGAUCGUGGCCGUCGGGGCGACGGUGCCUUUGCUGGGCCUCGUCGUCGGGGCCGUCAUGGCCAAGGUGGCGGGCCUGGCGCCGCCGCAGAGGAAAACCGUGAGCAUCGAGGUGGGCGUCCAGAACAGCCUGCUGGCCCUCGCCGUCAUGCAGCUGUCCUUCCGACGGGUGGAGGCGGACUUUGCGUCGCAGGCGCCCUUCCUGGUGGCCCUGAGCAGCACCUCGGAGAUGCUCCUCAUCGUUCUGUGUUACUUCAUCCAGCAGAGGUUGUGUCGCUCCGCUGUCCUCAGGAGYGACGCCUGAUUGUAGCUGCAGUUUUGUUCAGAACAUUUUACGAAGAAUGAACUUUUUGAAUUCUGUGGAUGUUUGGUGUCCCACAGCAUCGGCUACAGUUUCUAAUCCAGUCAUAACUGUUGUACACAGAACAGUGAAUGGAUUUUUGUGGUUAUUUUGUCGUAAUUUUGGUACUUUUUUCAUAAAAACCAAAGGCCUUUUACCCCUCCUGAGAAGUGUUUGUGUUAACGUUACAGUUUUUUCAGAUCAGAUUAUACUGUGAGGUCCUUUGUGUAAAUAUUCAUAAGAAAAAAAAAACAACUACGAAAGAAGAGAUAUUUUUCUACCAGAUUACUUUUUGUAAUCCAAAAUCAAAGACUGAUGAUGUAUCAUGUUUACAAGAGUUCUACGUGUCUUAGCUUGACGGAAAAUAUCUUUGAUUAAAGGAAACAAAAGUAAAACAGACAUGAUGAAGGGAGGUUUUUGAAAGUAUUUGCCACUGAUUGUGUGUCCUGGAUCURCACAUCCAUGUACUUGAAUAUUUGAAAAGAGAUUGAAGAAAAAAAAGUCAAAUAAAAAAAUUCUUUGUCUCAG